CUGCACAGCGCGAGAGACCAACCAGAACCAACCCCCCCCCCCCCCCCCCCCCCCCCCCCCCCCCCCCCCCCCGCCGGAAGGAGAUGAGCUACUACGGCCAGCAGCAGGCGCCCGUCGGCGCCCCGCCGCAGCAAGGUUACCCGCCGCAAGGGUACCCUCCGGCCGGCUACCCGCCGCCGCAGCAGGGCUACCCGCCGGCCGGAUACGGCCAGCAGGGCUACCCACCUCAACAGGGCUACCCGCCCCAGCAGCAGCAGCAGCAGCAGAACAGCGGGCCUUCCUUCAUGCAAGGAUGCCUGGCCGCACUUUGUUGUUGUUGUCUCCUGGAUGCCUGCUUCUGAGAGUAGCGACCACAGUUCCAUCCUCGUGCCCGGGGAAAUCGGACUGAUCAAUUGUGCCUUGUUACCAAAAUGCUACUAGCCUCCAUGUUUUGGGCCCUAUCACAUUUUUCUACUACUUGGUUUGUAAACCUCCACAUUGGGAUUAAUUAUUUGGUUGGUUUGGAUGUGAUGACUACCUUUCUAAUUGUUACUGAUCUAUCUUUAUUUUCUCCUUGCUUGAGAAAUAAAAAAAGAUACGAUUAAAUUGCA